AUGGAACCAAUAGAAGAAUUUGAUAGUGGAGCAAUCAGGAAAUUUUUAAGUGAUUUUAGAGGAAACAAACUCAAGCCACACAUAAAAUCACAACCAAUCCCAAAGCAAAAGAAAGGUCCCGUUACAGUUGUUGUGGCUAAUAACUUUGACCAGAUUGUCCUGGACAAAACAAAAGAUGUUCUUAUUGAAUUCUAUGCACCAUGGUGUGGACACUGUCAAAAAUUAGAACCCAAAUACAAAAAGUUGGCCAAAAAUAUGAAUAAAUACCCUGAUGUUGUUGUUGCUAAAAUGGAUGCCACUGCAAAUGAUGUUCCUACUGACUUCAAAGUUGACGGUUUCCCCACAAUUUAUUUUGUCCCUUCAAAUAAUAAGGAAAAUCCAAUAAAAUAUGAAGGUGAUCGAGAAGUAAAGACCCUUACCAAGUUUAUUAAGGAACAUGCAACAGUUUCAUUGAGCAAAGAAGAAUUAUAG